AUGGAAGCCAACGCUGUUAACCACAAUUCAAACAUUAACAAUUCUCAACCGCUAACCAAAGCCAAAGCCCCACAACCUCCAAGAACUGGCACAGCGGUUAGAAUAACCACCAAAAAGUCUAACAGCGAAUUAAGAGAAAUUCUUCAACAAAUUUGCUCUAAAUAUCUCAAAGACGCCGAAGAAAACACACAACCAGACGCUACAUACAAUACUCAGUUCUGUGAAGUUCUGAACAAAGCAAUUACUAGUUCAAUUGAACUUACUAAGACAAUUCCAAGUCCAAUUGAGCUUAGCGAUGUCUUAGUUCAGUAUUAUCAUAAGACGAAAUGGUGGAAGUGA